AUUGACUGUGAUACGGCUGUUGUUGCUCAUGGACGACUCUGACGACUACUUUGACGACGAUUUUGUCCUGGACGAGCAGACUCUCGCGUCUAUUGAGAAGCAAGAGCAACAGUGGCAAGCCGCGCAAGGAAAGCAAAAGAUCCAGCCACCACAGGCGCAGCCCACACAAGGCCGGCGACGACCUAUAUCCUCUGAAGCCCUUUUGCCGGACCCUAAGAGACAGAAGACCACUCAUGACCCCACAGAUGACACCGUAGCUACAUUCGCUCCGUCCGGAGUUGCUGGAGACUACGACGAGGACCUGCCCGACAUCUCGGUCAUAGGAAAUGGCUAUUACAACUUCCCUGCAGCACAAAGAGCGUCGGCGAACGCUUUGGCUGCGCAGAUACGCGGUCAGUCUCCGCAUAUGAACGGUGCGAGUACUUCCGGUCGACAUCCUCCUCACGUUCGUCCUGCUCCUGUUCCUGCUGCUCCUGCUGCUCCUCCUCCUGUGAAUCCGCCAACCCGCCAUGCUCCACCGCGUCAAGCGAGAGACUUGUCGCAUGUACAAGCUCCAAACGCUCCCGUCGCAUCGGGAUCCAGGCAGUCGCCAGCUCGUACCGGAUUGUCACGUCCUCCCAACCAGAGGAACAAAGCUUCGCGCGGAUCCGCGCUUGCCGAGAUAGAAGCUGCCCUUGCAGAGUAUGCCUCGCAAGCACUCCCGCCCGCAUCUGCUCCAAUUCGGAACGCACCUACGUCUCGAGCCUCUCCUGCACCUGGUCUAGUUCGCGUUCCGUCCUUGGGACCGCAGCCUUCUAAAGCUCCGGUCGCGUCUUCGUCUUCGGCCCGACAUCAAACUUCAAGAGCAAAUAGUGCGCGUCCCUCGCGACCAAACUCUGCGUCCGUUUCUCCUGUCUAUCGACGACAUAGCAGCGCUGCUCCUUCGCGGCAUGGGACUUCGUCUCCCUCAGCUCCCUCUCAAGGUUCCUCGCAGCAGCGACAGCCUCCACAGCAGCGACAACCUCCACAGCAGCGACAGCCUCCACCACAGGGACCGCAACAACAGCAGCAGCAGCAGCAACGUCUGCCCGCAACCCAAGGCACCAACGACCGCGUUCUCCAAAUAGAGCUAGAGACGCUGAAGGCGCAGAUGGAGGAACUCUUGAAAAACCAACAACAGACAGCGAAGGCUCUUGAGGAAGCUCAGAAUGCGCGUUAUGCCAAGGAGGGAGAAGUAAGCAUUCUGAGGAAAAGCAUCGAGAAGGCUGCGAAAGAUCACGUCUCAGAGCUUGAGCGUAUCAAAGCGGCGAAAGAGCAGGCGGAAGCAGCCCAGGCGCAGCUUCGGGAGGAGAUGCACGCGGAGCUGGAGCGGAUGAGGACCCAGUACGUCUUUAAGCAACAUGAGCUCGAGACGUCUGGCCGUAAGACCCCGUGGUCCAUCCGAAUCAAGCGCGACCACUCAGGUCCCCUUACACCCGUUUCGACUUCGACGCAGCGUCGUCAGCAGGCGGGACCUAGCACACUGGGUGAUAGCCACCUGCAGACACCGUCGCGCCCCAGGUUCAGCAAGGAGCUGCCAGACAGCCCGCGUCGCCAGCGCCGAAGGAAGAUCGUCAACAUCCCGGAGAGCCCUCCCAAGCGGACGGCAAAGCUUCCUGGUUUCGUGAAUGCGUUCGAGCCCACUACGCCGCAGGUGGCUAUGCCCAAGAUGAACGUACGUUUCGCGUUAUCUCAGGCCAGUCAGACGUCUCCUGGUAAGGGCAAGGACAAGGAGCGAGCGCCCGCGUACGACUACAGUGGACCUCAAGGAGAAGAUCUCUUCUUCAAUCCCCCCGUGGAUGACUAUGCUCCUCGACCAGUCUCGCAACCUAGCAGCUCACCGAUGGAGGAGGUCACGGAGGAGGCCCUGGUUCCUCCAGCCGAGGACUCGCAGCCUCGGUCAUCAGGCUCUGCAGCCAGCAGUAGUGCAAGGCCGCUGGGCUCUUCCCCGAACGAGGAUGUGGAGAUGAAGGAGGAGCCUAAGCAGCCCAACCUGAACGAGUAUGUUGCGCCGCUCACGGAGCCAGAUUGGACAAUUGAGUUACAACGAAUUGUCCUGACACACCAGCACCAUUCAGCCAAGGAGCUUAGUGUGCAGUUGCUUAUCAACCACGCCAUUCCCUCUACGGCACCUCCGGAGCGCGCACAGCUCUACACAUCCUAUUGCACGAGACUAUUCCAGAGCCUCGGUGCUGCGACCAUGAAGUUAGCCAAUGCUGAUGAAACAAUUGACAUUGUUGGGGAAGCGCUCACGGGAAUGGGCCGGGUUUUAUGUAGUGUCGGUUCUAUCCUUCAGAUGACUGUGUUGCUGGAUAUGAUGAAGAUCAUCGCGCUCUUUGUACCAACUUUCGUACCUCUCUUGUUGUCUCCUACAGGGGCAGCUGGGAGCGGAGAUGCCCCUCCUGAAAUUCUUUCCGUGCUAUGUGACACGGUCCGAGAACUGCUCACGCCGGAUGAGAAUGGCUUAGAUCAGCGCCAAUCAGCCCUAGCGGCGGAGGUGCUGGGCUUGCUCGAAGCUAUCUGCUGGAAUACCCCUUCGGAGUUCGGCAUGCGUCUGUCGGUGUUUGUGCGCAAAGCCGGCGUCCUGGCCGCUCUCGUGAACUCCGCGCAACCCACCUGGCUUCUCCAUCGAACGAUGCGUGUCCUCGCCCUCAUUGUAUCAUAUUCAUCCCUUCCGAAACAGUUCCUGUCUUUUCCUUGGCCCGAAGACUCGGAUGAUGAGGAGGAGAAGGACUACUCCCAGAUACCCCAUAUCGAGCGAAUGGCAUCGCUACUGGUUGACCGCAAGCGCGACGAAGCCGAGAGCCGACCUCUCAGACAGACUAUCCUUCAUCUUAUCACAACUAUUGCUGUCGCACAUACAGACUGCACGAACAUCCUGCUCAGAUCACACACAUUACUCCAUUCUAUAAUUCUCUUCCUCAUGACCAUUACAGAUCCGCUUUGGGAAGAACACGAGGAGUUCAUAGCGUCUCCUGAGCUGGUCUCUUGGACCGUGCAAACCAUGAUGCGCAUAGUGGUUUUGCUCUAUCAUUUGUUCACGGGGGUGGAUAGUUCAGCCACGAACCUGAGGCAGAAGCUCAUGGCCUCGCCGAAGCGCAGCUUUAACGGCAUCUGGCAUAUGUUCGUCGUCACGCUCGGACGAAUUAGUUACGCACCUCCUCCAGACUCUAUCUCGCCCGAGAAUCAGGUCAGAAUAGAGCAGAUAUGCGACCUUGCCAAGGAUGUCCUGGAGCUAGUCGUCGACGGCCCCGAGCUCGAGUCAAUCUGGGCGGCUUUUCACAUUGAUGACAACGUGCCGGCGCCGAAGACGCAGGCAGACGACGAGAGCGAGAGCGAGGCGGGUAUGUUACACGUUGAUCUCGACUAAUUUGCACGUUGCUGUGCUGUAUAUUGUACUGGAUCAUCCAAUAUUGCACAAUGUAUC